UUGGUUUGUAAAAAAAUAAUUGACUAAAAAUCAAUUUGCUUAAGGGAAAGCCUAAACAAUAAACAUUGAACAACCAACAUAAAGUCAAAUACUUAAUAAUAUUCAAUUAUUGACGUAUGUGCUAAUUUAAGUGAAUUUAAGCGAGUACAACAUAAUUGUUGUGCGCAAGCGUAAUCAGACGAUUAAGUUAGCAGCUAGCCAACAAUCGGCCAGUACCAGUACUUUGUUGGGUGUUGUGCGGGAGGGUCGGGUCGUGAAAAUGACCGGAGUGGAUGAGAUACUGAAUUAUCAAAGAAACCCCGACGACGAUUAUUACGCUUUGCUGGGCUGCGACGAGAACUCUUCGGUUGAGCAGAUAACUGCAGAGUAUAAGGUGUUGGCUCUGCAACAUCAUCCUGAUAAGAAUGAUGGGGACAAAGAUGCUGAAGCUAAAUUUCAACAACUGAAGGAGGCAAAGGAGACACUCUGCGACCCAGCCAAGCGGGCUCUCUAUGACAAGUGGAGGCAGAGUGGUGUUGCCAUGGGGUAUAAGCAGUGGCUGAGCAUGAAGGAUCAUGUGCAGCAGUCCAUGCAUUGGUCCAAGCCCAACACCAAGGACCGCAUGCUAGAGGGUGAAUCUGGUCACUCAUCUGGCCCAUCCAGCUUGGGCCCAACCAAUGCUGCCGCUCGCAGGGCUUCUGAGGGUGGAGCUGCUCUCUGGGGACGCUGGGGACCUGGCAAUCAAGAGCCACCAUCCGAAGUGAUCUCCAAGUUCCGUAAUUAUGAAAUUUAAUUUAGCAUAACUAUAUGCUAUUUUUUUUUUCUUUUCAUUGUGAUAUUUUUGUUGAUUUGACAUUACUAUAAUUUUGUUCUAAGUUUGAAUUUGUUAUUUUUUGUGCCCUAAUGGCAGAUUUAGGAUUGAUGCAUAAUUUUAAACCACUUGCCAAUAUUGAUGUUGUGUUUUAAUUUAUAAAAUUAAAUAUGUUAAUUGAAGCUAUGUAAUAGCUUUAUAUUCAUCAGGUCAGCUCGUAAAAUAACGUUCUCGAAUGUGGCUCGUAACUAUCGAUGUUAAAUGUAUCUUUUGAUCUUAUGGAUGUUAGUUUUAGAAGUAACUACAUUAGAGAACCCAUGUUUAUUGUGAAACCUUUAGCGUUGAAACUCAAUCUAUAAUUAUCCUUAGCUUUAAGCUCUGCACAUUCCUAAAGUCCAACUUAUGAGUCUGAUAUUAAACAUUUCUGCGUUAGAACAAUAUGUUAUCUAUAAGAAUCUCGACAUUUUGAAAAUUUAUAUUUUUGAUCCCCUUUAUUACUAUUUGUCUACUAUGAGUAUUGCAUUAUCCAACAGAUUAUGGGAGCGAGUGAACUUGAAUUGUUGUGAGAUAUGUACAGGGUAUAGACGGACGGACAGAUUUAUUUACUCUUUAUUUUAUCACAGAAACCUGUCAGCUCUACAUUGCCUAUUAAUUUAUUUAUAUAAUUUAUAAAUCUAUUUCUACAAUUGAAUCCUGUUACCCAAAUCUAAAUGUAUAGUUAUAAUCACCUUUACUAUGUGUUAAAUGUUUUUAACAGUAUUUAUAAAUUUAAUAUUUUAGAUGAAAUCUGAAUGUUAUAUUGAUGUAAUAGCUAUAUUAUGGAUGUUUAUGUCUUAAAUCACAAUUA